CACCCGACUGCGCCCCCAGCUCCGCGGAGGAGGACCAUCGGCCCCGCCGCUGAGGGCGCGGCCGCUCGGGACAGGAGAGAGGGAACAGCCCCGAGAUGGCCCGGCGAGGGUGCGAUUUGGCGGUGGGCUCCUUCCACGUGGUGCCGGCCCGGGGACAGCCCCCGAGCUGGUAACUGUCGGAAGCCAGAUGGACCUUGACCCUAGCCGCGGCACUGAUUUCGUGCCUAGCCAAUACUAGAGGGGCUCGCGCGGCCCGCUCGAGGAGGGCGCCGAGUCCCGGGCCGCGCUCAGCGCGCGGCCAUGAAGAUGAUCCUGGUGCGCAGGUUCCGAGUGCUCAUCCUGAUGGUGUUCCUGGUGGCCUGCGCGCUGCACAUUGUGCUGGACCUGCUGCCGAAGCUGGAGCGGCGCGCCGCCCGGCCAUCGGGGGAGCCCGGCUGCUCCUGCGCACAGCCCGCGGCUGAGGCGGCGGCGCCCGGCUGGGCCAAGGCGCGCGGCCGCCCCGGGGAGCCUCCGGCCGCCGCCUCGGCCGCCGGCGACUCUGGCUGGCCCAACAAGCACACGCUGCGCAUCCUGCAGGACUUCAGCUCUGACCCGUCCUCCAACCUCACGUCCCACUCGUUGGAGAAACUGCCUCCCGCAGCCGAGCCGGCGGAGGGCGUGUUGCGGCGGCAGGACCCCGGCGCCCCCAGACCCCGCGACCCCGCGCACCGGCCGCUGCUCCGAGACCCCGGCCCGCGCCGGCCGGGGCCGCCCGCUGGCCCGAGCGGGGACGGCCCCCUCCUGGCCAGGCUGUUUGAACACCCGCUGUACCAGGUCGCCAUCCCGCCGCUGACGGAGGACGACCUUCUCUUCAACGUGAACAGCGACAUCAGGUUCAACCCCAAGGCGGCGGCAGAGAACCCCAACUGGCCGCAGGAGGGUCCUGAGGAUGAAGCGCUCUCGCCCACGGGGGAGGCGGCCGUGGACAGCUACCCCAACUGGCUCAAGUUCCACAUCGGCAUCAACCGGUACGAGCUGUACUCCAGGCACAACCCGGCGGUGGACGCGCUGCUGCGGGACCUGGGCCGGCAGAAGAUUACAAGCGUCGCCAUGAAGUCAGGGGGCACGCAGCUCAAGCUCAUCAUGACGUUCCAGAACUACGGACAGGCGCUGUUCAAGCCCAUGAAGCAAACGAGAGAGCAAGAGACGCCUCCUGACUUUUUUUAUUUCUCCGACUACGAGAGGCACAACGCAGAGAUCGCGGCCUUCCACCUGGACAGGAUCCUGGACUUCCGCCGUGUCCCUCCCGUGGCCGGCAGGAUGAUCAACAUGACCAAGGAAAUCCGGGACGUCACCCGAGACAAGAAGUUGUGGAGGACCUUCUUCAUCUCUCCAGCCAACAACGUCUGCUUCUACGGGGAAUGCUCCUACUACUGCUCCACGGAGCACGCCCUGUGUGGGAAGCCAGACCAGAUCGAGGGCUCGCUGGCGGCCUUCCUGCCAGACCUGUCCCUGGCCAAGAGGAAGACGUGGAGGAACCCUUGGCGACGCUCGUACCACAAGCGCAAGAAGGCGGAGUGGGAAGUGGACCCCGACUACUGCAACGAGGUGAAGCAGACGCCCCCCUACGACAGCAGCCACCGCAUCCUGGACAUCAUGGACAUGACCAUUUUCGACUUCCUCAUGGGGAACAUGGACCGCCACCACUAUGAGACUUUUGAGAAGUUUGGGAACGAGACGUUCAUCAUCCACCUGGACAACGGAAGAGGGUUCGGGAAGCACUCCCAUGACGAGCUGUCCAUCCUGGCGCCCCUACAGCAGUGCUGCAGGAUCAGGAGGUCCACCUACCUGCGGCUGCAGCUCCUGGCCAAGGAGGAGCACAAGCUGAGCCUGCUGAUGGCGGAGUCGCUGCGCCAGGACCGCGUGGCCCCGGUCCUGUUCCAGCCGCACCUGGAGGCCCUGGACCGGCGCCUGCGCCUCGUGCUGCAGGCCGUCGGGCACUGCGUGCGGAAGGACGGGCUGCACCGCGUGGUGGACGACGACUUGGACCCCGGGCACAGAGGCGCCACCGCCAGGUAGUGACCG